AUGAGGUAUCGAUCGAUCUACUGCUUUGCUAGACGUUACACUAGUACGAGAUCACAGGUGUUAAGACCUUCCUUCAAUGAAAUCUUUCCGCAAAAGAGGAUGGUCAACAGAAUAUUGUUCGAGCUGGAUAGCAGAUUGAGUUUUGGGAAAUUGUAUCCAUUGUUUGAGCUUGCUUACAAUAAUGUGGACAGUGAAGAUAUCCCAGUAACUUCCGGUAUAACAGCUUCCGACGUUAUGGUAAUGAAGAAAGUGUUAGAAAAGGUACGAUCGAGGACCAAGAGUGUCAAUCGUCAUCUACUGAAGCUAGAGAACGUUUUGCUUGACAAAGCAGCCGAAAUGGGCAAUAACGAUGCAGUGUCUUUAUUGGCGUUCAAUGUACUAAAGAACCCUUCCAAGAAUACCUCGGAUGAUGUAUUACAUGCCAAGUUGCUAAUUAAGGAUCUAUACAAGAGAAAGCAUCAUCUGACGAUGAAAUUAACCGGCGAUCUGGCUUUGAAGGCUGGUGACAAUUCACAAGCGGAAACUUACUAUAGACGCUUUUUAGAAUUGGAGUCAGAUACAUUCUUGGCUGGUGAAGUCUAUGGGCAAUUAGGUCAGUUUAGCUUUCACAAAACGGACUUAAUACCAGCAGAGCGUUAUUUCCUGAAAUCAAUACAGUACAGUCCCUUAGAGUACUCGGUACACUCCUACUUCUAUCUGGCCCAAAUUUACAUGAACUCCGAUCCACUGAAAGCCAGAACCUUAAUGGAAAAUUGUGCCACUCAAGGGUAUAAGGAGUCCUUCAAAGCAUUGGGUUUUCUUGAAAUGAAUUACUUUGAAAAUCUAUACAAGGCCCAGGAAUGGUUCAAACUUGGCAUGGAGCUCUUUGAGUUGGAGUGCUUCAUCGGCUAUUUCGACUGCUGUGCUUUACUUGGAGAAUGGGCCUUAGCCAAUAAAUGCUUCAAGAGUCUGGAGAAAAUCGCGGAAAAUAAUAGUCAUUACAAAUCUCUCGUAAAGCAAUUCGUUGAAGCGCGUCACGAUAAAGUCAAGAGAGCUUUGGCGUAUUCACCUGGACCUUUUCCAAAGAGGGAGGUUGUUCAGAAUGCAUCGAAAAAAGCCCCACAAAUAUCCAAAGAGAAUAAGUGGAACCUCUGA